AUGGAUCACACACGCGACCCUUGCCCAUGGGUGAUCCUGAACGAUUUCGGUGGCGCCUUCGCUAUGGGUGCUAUUGGAGGCGCCGUAUGGCACGGUAUUAAGGGAUUCCGUAACUCUCCGUACGGCGAAAGGCGCAUCGGCGCCAUCACAGCAAUCAAGGCUCGCGCUCCCGUCCUGGGCGGAAACUUUGGUGUUUGGGGUGGUCUAUUCAACAUAUAUGAUUGCGCCGUGAAAGGCGUGCGCAAGAAGGAGGACCCGUGGAACGCCAUCAUUGCAGGCUUCUUUACCGGCGGUUCGCUCGCUGUACGAGGCGGUUUCCGAUCCAUGCGAAACGGUGCGAUAUCCUGCGCGAUCCUGCUGGCCGUCAUUGAAGGCGUCGGCAUUGGCUUCAAUCGUAUGAUGGCGGAUAACACCAGACUCGAUGCACCUCCCCCUCCUCCUCAGCAAUCAUCUGGCCAGCCAACGCUAGGGGCCCCGGCCAUGGCCGCCUAA